UCCAAAUCACAGGGGUCCAUCUCGCGAUGUGGACGCGCGAACCAUCGAGAUGUAAUAUAGCAACACUGAGGGAGGAACCUAACACAAGAAGGAAGAUGGCGGCGGACUCGAGUGGGGAUCGCGUGGUGGAGGUGGUGAAAGGACAAUCAUUCGAAGUCGCUCCACGAUAUACCAACUUAGCCUACAUUGGAGAGGGGGCUUAUGGCAUGGUCGUAUCUGCAUAUGAUAAUGUGACAAAAACAAAGGUAGCCAUUAAGAAAAUUUCCCCAUUUGAACACCAGACUUACUGCCAGAGAACAUUGAGGGAAAUCAAAAUCCUCACACGAUUCAAGCAUGAAAAUAUUAUAGACAUUCGGGACAUUUUGAGAGCACCAACCAUGGACCUGAUGAAGGAUGUGUACAUUGUCCAAUGCCUGAUGGAAACGGACUUGUACAAACUGUUGAAAACCCAGAAGCUGACAAAUGACCACAUCUGUUACUUUGUGUAUCAGAUUCUCCGCGGUCUCAAGUACAUUCACUCUGCCAAUGUCUUGCACAGAGAUUUGAAGCCCUCAAACCUCCUCCUGAAUACAACCUGUGAUCUCAAAAUCUGUGAUUUUGGGCUAGCUCGAGUUGCAGAUCCAGAACAUGACCAUACUGGUUUCCUCACCGAGUAUGUUGCCACACGAUGGUAUCGAGCUCCAGAAAUCAUGCUUAAUUCCAAGGGAUAUACAAAAUCAAUCGAUGUCUGGUCAGUGGGAUGCAUUCUUGCUGAAAUGCUGAGCAACCGACCACUCUUCCCUGGGAAGCAUUAUCUGGAUCAACUUAAUCAUAUCCUUGGUGUUCUUGGCUCUCCUUCUCAAGAAGAUCUCAAUUGCAUCAUUAAUGACAAGGCAAGGAACUAUUUGGAAUCCUUGGCAUUCAAGCAGAAAAUCCCUUGGAAUCGUCUCUUCCCAAAUGCAGAUCCAAAGGCACUAGACCUUCUGGAUAAGAUGUUGACCUUCAAUCCACAUAAACGCAUUGUUGUUGAAGAUGCUCUGGCUCAUCCAUAUCUGGAGCAGUACUAUGAUCCAGCUGAUGAGCCUGUUGCAGAGGAGCCCUUCAAGUUUGAGAUGGAAUUUGAUGACUUCUCAAAGGACCACUUGAAAGAACUGAUCUUUGAGGAGACAGUUCUCUUCAAGCAAUAUCAAGAGCAGCUGCAACAUCAGGUCCAGCAUUAGCUCCAUUAUUAUUGAAUGAUUCUUCUUUUUGUGUAUACAUGGGAGCGUAUCAUGCCCUGUUUAUUGCAUAUCUUCACUUUCACCUCUUGCAUAGUAUCCUUCAUCUAUCUUUUUUGCUCUUUGUCUGGUGAGUGAGGAAAGUGAGUUCAACCAUACUGGUGAAAUUCUAUUUUGUUUCUCUCUUUUGAGCUACUUAGCAUAACUCAGCUGCUAUGAAUGAGAACAAUAGUUUGACUGCAAUGUGCUAAGACAGAGGGGGAGGUGGGAAUCCCUGCUAGUCAUCAGGUGACCAAAGUACUGCAUGCUUUCCACUUGUUUCUCAUCUUUGCAAUUCUAUCUUCCCCAUUCCUUUCCCGUGUUUUCUUCAUAAUUUUCUUUGCAUUAAAUUGUUUUUUCAAAACCAAAGGGAACCCUGGGAUGAAGGUUAAUUUUAGCACAUGCUGAAGGUGUGGCUUUAGAUGUAGCACAUACUGGAGGAGUUAUAGCAUGAAGCAACAAGGAAGGCUGACAAUAGGCCAUUGUCAGUCUGUAUUCCAUCAUCCAUAUCCGCUCCUUAUACAUGAAAGCUGGGAGUCUGGGAAGAGUCAGGCUUUACAAUCCUUGCAAUCACCUUGUAACCCAUCACAGAGCAGCAAUAUAGAUCCUCUUUUAUCAGACUAAAAGAUUUAGACUACUAUUGCUUGAUUAUGUGUAUUUGCUGUUUAUUGAAUGGUUACAAAAUAAAACAGUGCAGUUUGGGAUUCAUCUCAGUCAUCAAAACUUGCACUUUUGUCAAUAAUUUUUCUUUUGCUUCUGAUGAUGUGCAGUAUCUUCCAAGGAAGUUGUCAUAUUAUUUUGUACCACUAUGGCUAUGUGCAUGAGUCACUUUUCAGUAUUGAUGUAUGAGUUCAAGUUUCAAGUUUUCAAGGAGGGAUGUGUCAAAGUGAAACUUGUCAUUUAGACAAUGAGGAGUCAAUUGGGAGUUGGAACCCAAGACUCCUCAUUGUUCCUUGUUUUAGCUGGUAGAAGUGGCAAUCUUUUCAGUUUUAUAUCAAACAAGGCUGGUUUUGCUCGAAUUAUUUUGUUUACUUUGAAAGUUUUCUAAUUACAACACCAGUCACAUGAAUGAAGUGUCAGUUAUCAUCUGCUGGAAACACAUUCCAUGUUUGCAAUGAUUGUGGGCCAGGGUUGUCAUACAGAAAAGAAUGGAAAACUUGCUCUGAGAAGCAAAAGGCAGUAUUUGAAGCUAAUUGUAUACUUCAUUUUCUAUGUAAUAGAAGAUGUAAUACCCUAUUCAUCUAUGGUUGAUAUUUAUUCUGUGGUCCCUUUUCAUUGGCCUGAUUGGGAACUGGAGGCCAUCCUAAGGAAUACUUCUUUUGGAAAAUGAUUUGUGGAAUGGCAUUCCACUCUUGCAGGUAAUUGCAUUAGGUGGAAGAUAAAAGAUUUUCCCUAAAGAGUUUUUAGGAGAAACACAUUCUCCCCUCUAUCCAGUCUUGGUGCCCAAAAUGAAUCAGUUGAUUUCACUGCUUGAUAAAGUAGAUUGGAUUCCAUGAUGCAUUGGAAGUGCUUUGUAUUGGUAAAAAUGGUGAUUCUUUUAUCAAAUAACAUGAAUAUUCAAUCAUUGCCCUAGAAUCCCCAAAAGUACCAUUUUUCUUUUAAUCUGAGAAGUUUGUUUCACUUUAACAUGGAUUUUUUGGGGAAAUUCUAGAAAAAGAGAUGAACAAGAGAGGAGAAAGCCUCAAAGCAGAAAAGUCUACAAAUAUGAAUCGGUUUAUACAUGUAAUAAGGCUUUCAGGGACAUGAGAUUUACAUCUUUUCACCCUUUUCAUGCCUCAUAUCUAUAGAUUAAGUAAUUGUGGUCAUAGCAUAAAGAAUGAAAUUGGAUUCUCAUUUCCAUCAUACAUCACCUUCAUGUUUGCCAAUUGUGAUGCCUAUGAUUAAUCUGUAUCUUGUGCUUGAUAUACAUAGAAAAUACUUUUAAAAUCUUGAGAGUCAUGCAGCUGUGAGAUUCUCCUUUUUCAAAAUUGCUCCCUGCCUGUGGUAGCAAAGAAUGCAAUUUUUUUUCUCAUCUUGGACAACUCUGGUUUAAUUCAAGUUUCUUUUUUUCAAAACUGCAAAAAAUACAGUUUAACUCAAAAUGCAGGCAACAUGAUACAUUCUUCAUAUAUGUUCAUGCUUUUUUUUUUAUCCAUCAUUCAGUUCAUCCCUUUCUUAGUCAUAUACUGUGUGAUUGGUCAUGAUCUUAACAGCUGAAUCCUUCAAAUGAGAAGUCAUUCAGUGCUGGUGAUCUCAAUGGUAUGGGUGUAUCUUUUCAUCUUCCACUUGUGAAACAAGCAGUUAUAGGCAAUUCCUUGUUGGACCAUGGAGUGAAAGAGAGACAGUGAGCUACUGUAUUUGUAGGAAUUUGUGAAGUCUUAGCUAUUAUAUUGUCAACAUGAAGGAAUUACAUUGAUUUUGAUACCAUCUAGAUUGUAAGGAAUGAUGUCCUGGUGUCAUGCCUAUCUCAAUGUCUUUCCUCCAACACUUGUUGAUAGUCUUCACUUGUUGUUCUUUCUUAUACCUCAUCCGUGUUUUGUAUUCCAUCUUGAUGUUUACUGUCUUCUGAUGGAGGUGAUACUCUUCAUGUCUCUUCAUCUGUUAUUGUGCAUGAUGAUGAAAUCAAUUUCCAGUGUCUGAUCUUUUAAAAUUCUGCUUCAAUUUCAAGAUGAAAACUGUUUUAUGUGGUCAAGCUUGGAUAGUCUGCUUAAAAGGCAUGCCUUCCAUACUAUUAAUCCUGCUAUAAUUUUCUUUUAAGUACUGCUGGGUUCACAACAUUCAUAAGAACAGGAAUUUAUAUGGUGGGAUGAUUAAUUUGAUUAAUUUUGCUCACCAUCCAAAUGGCAUGCCACUGAAGUUUAUUGCAUAUUGUUGUGAUUUGAUUGUUUCCAUUUGUUGUCAUUCUGAGGAAUGUGCUUGUAAAGACAAGCAUUAUUUUGCAAGCUCUUCCUCUUUACAAUUUAUGACUGUUGUCUGUGUCACUCUUGACUCUAAUUUCAUGCUGCAUGGGGUUGUUGAGUCUGGUCAACAUGAAACACAAUGGAAUGUUUUAAGAGUAAGUGGCCAGUGGGCAUAUUCUAUGCUUCUAAUAAAAGAAUUCCAGUUAAGGCUGAAGCAUACUCGUAUCAUGUUUUGUGAACCAAGUGUUAGACCUUGAAGCCUGAAAAAUCAGUGGAUUUAGGGAAGCAAGCAUUAACUAAAUAAUUGUCAUUGUGAAUUGCAUUCUUUAGGUGGGAAAUUUGUUUCAUUGCUAAAGAAAAAUCAAUUAUGAUUGUAGUUCAUUAUCUUUCAGUGCAGAUGUGAAUGUGCCCAUGUCGAGAAUGUAUGAACCUUGUGCAGAUGCAAGUGUCUCGUAAGAAGGAAGUGCAUUGAUGCUUGAAUUUGUGCUAAGGUGGAGAUCAAGUCAUUGUGAUCUGUGCUGUUGAAUGAAAUCUGAAUACAUUCCAUCUUGCUGUGGCUUGCUGGACUCUGAUUAAUCCUCCAUGCC